GACGUAACUUCCGGCGCGCACCCAAGAUGGCGGCGCCCUUGCGGCGGGCGCUUCUGGCGCUGGGCCCGGCCCGGUCGCGGCUCCCGGAGCCGGUUCCGGUCCCGGUGCGGCCUUACCGGGCGGAUCCGCUCCGCCGCCGCCCGGGCCCGGCCCCCACCGACCCGGAGGACCCGCGGGCCGCCGCGCGGCGGUUCGGGCGGCUCGGGGAGGCCUCGGGAGUGCCGGUGUGGCGGCUCUGGCCCAGCCCGGAGCAGCUGCGGGAGGCGGAGGCGGAGGAGCGCGAGUGGGACCCGCCGCUCCGGGAGGUGGAGGCUGUGCUGGAGCAGCGGGAGAGGGAGGAGGCGCAGCGGAGAAAGGAGAGUGGGGCGGAGCUGGUGUCCCGCAGCCUGGCCGCCAUGCCCGCCCGUGUCGCCGCCUGGCGCCGGGACCGUGAGGCCGCCCGGGAGCGGGCGCGGGCGGAGGCGGCGCGGCGGCAGCGGCUGCUGGCCGAGGCGGGGCUGGGGGCGCUGCCGCGGCCCGGGACCCCCGCGCGGGCCUCGGCCCGAGCGCAGGAGCUGCUGGAGGACCUGGAGAAGCAGCGGCGGCGGGAGGAGAAGAAGCGGCGGCGGCAGGAGCGGGAGGAGGCGGCGCGGAGCGCCCUGGCGGCGGCCGAGGCGGCGGCGGCGGCACGGCCGCUCCCCGGGACCGGCCCCGAGAGCGGCGAGGGCGCCCCCAGACCCACCGGGGGCACCCCCAGACCUGACCCCCCCCGGUAAUGCCAGGACCCCCGCCCCAGUAAUGCUGGUACUCCCCCAGUGUCCGUUGCCCACCAGGAGGGUCCCAUGAGCCCCCCCCAAACAGCACAAGGACACCCCAAACUGGGUUUAAAACUCUGCAUUUAAUCUC